AUGGCCUCGUACCACUCACAGGCACAAUCCCGCUCCGCUCCGCAAGCAUAUCCUCAUCAAGCAGUCAACGCCAUCUCAAUGGCUGCCUCCGCGCCAGCUGGCACUUUCGUGCCAGGCACUAAAGUACAAGUUGGCAACCACCGAGUGAUUAUUGAAAAGUAUUUGUCAGAAGGUGGAUUUGCACAUGUAUACGUCGUCAAACUCCCGCACCCCAUCGACGGCGUAGAGACCGCCGUCUUGAAGCGCGUCGCCGUACCCGACAAGACAGCCCUCGCUGGCAUGCGGACCGAAGUUGAGACAAUGAAGAAGUUAAAGGGCCACCGACAUAUCGUUACUUAUUUCGACUCCCAUGCGUCCCAGCUGAAGGGCGGUGGAUAUGAAGUCUUUCUACUUAUGGAGAAUUGUCAAGGGGGCGGCUUGAUAGACUUUAUGAAUACCCGUCUGCAGCAUCGUCUGACUGAGCCGGAGAUUCUGAAGAUAUUCUCUGAUGUGUCUGAAGGAGUGGCAUGCAUGCACUAUCUCAAGCCACCUCUUUUACAUAGGGAUCUCAAGGUCGAAAACGUUCUUAUAUCGCUUUCGUCCGGCAAAUCGCCGCUGUAUAAAUUAUGUGAUUUUGGCUCCGCUGCUCCUCCUCGACCGGCCGCUACAUCUGCCGCAGAAGGCAGACUAAUUGAAGACGAUAUUCAACGGCAUACCACGAUGCAAUACCGCAGCCCCGAGAUGAUUGAUGUUUAUCGAAAGCAGCCCAUUGACGAAAAGAGUGAUAUUUGGGCCCUCGGUGUUUUGCUAUACAAACUGUGCUAUUAUACAACCCCUUUCGAAGAUGUUGGCCAGAUGGCUAUUCUCAAUGCCAGCUAUAAGUUUCCUUCAUAUCCCAGCUUUUCUGAUCGCCUCAAAAGGCUAAUUGCAUCGAUGUUGCAAGAAGAUCCCCAAAAACGGCCGACUAUAUACGGUGUCUUGAAGGAAUCAUGCAAUAUGCAAGGCAAAGAGGUUCCAAUUCGUGACAUUUAUGCGGAACGCACUCAGUCCGAAGCACGCCGAAAUCAAGAGUUGCCUCCUCCUUCCACCGAAGCACCACGUGUCGGUGCUGUCUUCUCGCCUCCAAUGCAAGAGACUCAGAUCAUACCUGAAAUAGCUCCUAUGCGAAGAGGUCGUCCGUCAAAGACUUCAUCUCAACAAAACUCGGCGCACCCAAGUCCUUCUCCCUACCGCGCUCGAUCUUCCAAUGAUCCCUUUGCAGCUCUUGAUGGCAAUAAGAGGGACAGCCAAAAUGCGGAUGAGAUAGCAGCUCGGUUUCCCACCCUGGACCAGUUUUCAUUAUUGCAUGAAAAAGGCGGAAAGUUCGAAUUCGAGCCGACGGCUGAAAAGAAACCCGAGGCGGAUGAUCUCUCUCAACGUGUAACCAAUGCGCUAGCUGAUGAUGCAUUCGUCAAGCCUGCUUCGCCAUAUUUGCCGGCAAAAGAAGAGAUAGAAAGCCAUAGAGCUGUUUCGGUGUCUGUUGCUGAACAAGCGCAGAAGCUUCAAUCCCCCAGUCUCAAAGCGGAAGAAUCGUCAUCACGAAAAAGCUCUUCCCAACGACCAACAAUGGUAUCAACUGGUACGAUGACAGAAAGCCCGCCCCCAGCUACUUCUGAGAAUCGGGCAUCUAUUAGUCGGCCGUCCUCGAGUCGCCCGAUAUAUAAGUUUCCGCCCCCUUCACAAGACCGGCAACGACCUGAACGACCAUGGGCAAGUGAAAUCGACAGGCCAUCGUCCGGUUUGGGCACGGUCCCUUCACAGACGACGACGAUACAGGUGGUGGAGCCUAAAUCCAGGGUGUCAUCCGAGGAUGUUUCACGGGCUCAGAGCUCAGCUAGACCGUCUUUGGAAACCUCGAGGCCUUCAUUCCGUGAACUGGGCGAUGGCUUGAACCGUCCAAAGUCUGCAAAUUCUCGUGUUCGACCUUCCAGCGUUCAUCUAGGAGGAAGAUUUGAUCCAACCUCUUCGAGAGAUUCGCCAUUACGUAGCCCCGCGCUGGACACGCGGCGCCCGGAUUACGAAGGUGGAGAGCCACUGAAGCAUGCCCGAACGGACGGAGAUUAUGACGCUGAACGAGGAAAUAUAACGUCCGACGUGGGUUACCUACGUGCGCGCGAGGAGGAGGAGGCUGCUCGGAAGAAAGAAAAACGUCUGAGCGGCGGGKCAAAACAUGUUAAACGCUCGAGCUUAUCUUCGCUGGCUAUUUCAGGAAAGGGACUUCUUGCGGGGCGAUUUGGCGAUGCUUUCCGUCGGUUUGAACAAAGCACUUCGGACAACAAAAGUCGAACUCCUUCUCCGAGUGAAGUCGACAAACAAUUGACUCCUAUCGCUGGGUCCGAGGCUACGGAUGAUCGAAGCGAUGAUGAUGCUCUAGGGUCAGAGGCGACAGAUAUCUCUCCCGAAAUGAGACGAGAAUUGGAACGCAGGCGGCUGUCGCAAGAGGAGAAGCGGGUAGCCAACGCAGCUGCAGAGUAUCGACUUCGAGUUGCGGGGCGAGGGGGCGGCGGACGAGAAGGAACCAAAUCUCCAGCCAUUCAAAACAGAGUGCAGUCACUUCUUCAGGACAACAGUCGACCUGCACCCAAGACUGCAUCUGGGUAUGGAAAGUACACCAAUUCGGAGUCCGAAGCAGCGCAAGCAUCAGAGUCUGAUAGGGAAUAUACGCCACGAUUGCCUACCAGACCUAAGCCCGCACCAAAGGAUAUCAGAGGCGCACCAGCUUUGUCGAAGAUUAAUUCACCCGGUAGCUCCACCCAGCCAACAAAGCCAAGCCCCGUUGACACAAUACCCUCACAACGCACAGCUCAACGACCAGCGGCACCUCCAAAGCCCAAGAAACUACAAACUGGAGGAAGUCGUCCAGAUGAGCGUGUCCCUCCAUCUUCUUCCGUAGGUGUUGACCCCACGAGUCCUACGGAAGACUGGGAGCGAAACUUCAGCCGACGAUACCCCAGCCUCUCGGGGCUUGAAAUGGUCGAGACUGAAAUUGACGUUCCGAAACUGUCUUCGAUUCGCACGAGGGAAGUAUAG